AUGAGUGAUAAUAUUAAAGUUGUUGUCAAAGUCCGGCCGCUUAUUCCUCGCGAAAUUGAUGACCAGCUUGGCUACCAAUGGCGCGUAAACAAUAACACGCUCUAUCAAAUAGAUCAAAAUGGAAGAGAUGUUGGACCGUGUUAUACUUUCGACAAAGUUUAUAAUAAAGACACAAAUACUCGUGAUGUAUAUAAUGAUAUUGCGAAGCCAAUUGUCGAAGCUGCGACCGCUGGUUUCAACGGCACUAUUUUCGCCUAUGGGCAGACAUCCUCAGGAAAAACGUAUACUAUGACAGGCACGAAAGAGGCUCCCGGUAUAAUACCACUGGCUGUUGAAAACCUAUUUGAUAUUAUUAAAAGUAUUCCAGAUAGAGACUUCUUAGUAAGGGUAUCGUACGUUGAGAUAUACAAUGAAAAUUUAAUAGACUUGUUAAACCUUAAGAAGAAUAUUAAAAUAACUGAAACAUAUCACAGUGGAGUCAAAGUUGAUGCUACUGAAAGACUGACCACUUCACCAGAAGAAGUAUUAGAAAUUAUGAAUGAGACUAUUGAAUCUCGUGAACACAUUGAAGGUGAAGAGGAAGUGGGUUCAGUGAAUGUGUCACAGUUGAAUCUAGUCGACCUAGCGGGCUCGGAACGUUCCGGACAAACCGGAGCAACGGGGCUACGUUUCAAGGAAGGAACGCAUAUCAACAAGUCUCUAUCUUCGUUAGCUUUAGUUAUUAAGCAAUUGUCUGAUGACCCUAAUAAGCACGUUAAUUAUCGUGAUAGUAAAUUGACACGGAUGCUUCAAAACUCGCUCGGGGGUAAUGCUAAAACGAGUAUAAUUUGUGCAGUAACACCCGCCGCUGUGGAAGAAACAAUAUCUACGUUACAAUUCGCAAAUCGUGCUAAAUCUAUAAAGAACAGCCCGGCAGUAAACGCUGUAGCCACAGAUGUGACGAUGAUUCAAACACUAACCAAGCAGUUAUCGUCUCUCAAGACUCAACUUGAAAGUAAAAAACAUGUUGAGCAAGACAACCACAAACUACAAAAGCAAAUAGGAGCACUCCAGAGGUUGAUUUUAAAUGGUUUCGCUCAACGGACUACAGAUUUAACGGGAACAAGGCGGAAGUUACUCCAGCCGAGACGAGUUACAAUAUCAACGUUACAUCCCAUACAAGAAGAUACAGUACCAGCGAUACCGAAGUUUUGCACACCAAGCUUAAAAUAUAAUCCUUUGUCAUUGGAGAGGGAGUCAGAUUUUGUUCCAAUUCAGUCCUCGUCGAAUCUAUCCAGUGUCUCAGAAGAAGUAUGCCUUGUCACUCCACCACCUAGUGACAAGAUAGGUGACUGCGGUGAUGAAAUUAUCGAUUUAGACAGUGACGAUGACAACACAUCAGAUCUACAGACUUGUUCACCAUACCACAAAUGUUACCAGUCAUCGAAAACCCCGCCUUGUAUUCUUAGAAAGAAUGCAAAGCAAGCAGAGAAAAAUUUAAAGGACAUUGUUGAAUUGACUGAAAGAGAAAAGAUAUACACACCCAAUAUAGUUGAAUUAAUGGAGAAAUUAGAAACUAAAUCAUCAAUAAUAGAAAAAUUGGAAGACGAUCUCAACAAACUUGGUAGACUUAGUAAUGAAAAGGAUUUAGAAAUGGAAAGGCUUAGGAGUAAUGUAAAUAAAUUAGAAGACGAAAUAAAGAACAUCACUUCAGCUAAGGCUGAUCUAGAAACAGCUUGUAAGGACUACAACACUAAGCUGACGGAUUGGGAGUUUAGUUAUGAAACAUUAAAGAAAAAGGCCAAGAGUAGGGAAGAGGAACUACUUUCUCUAUUACAAGAACAUGAAACAAAAACGAAACAUAAAAAUAUUGGUAAAUUAGCAUCGAAAGCGAUAGAUAGAGAACUAGCGAACUUCAUGGACCUGUCCAGAGAAAUAUCUUUAGUCAGUAGUGAUAACGAAAACAGUAUUAUAAAUAUAGAGGAAAAACAAGUAUCCGAAGUACCGUCUUUCAAAAAUAACGUAGAGAGUGAAGUGUCUCUAAACAAUAAGUCCAUUUUAGACCUAAAAUCAGCGCUUGACUCACAGAAACUAAAAAUAGCAAGCUUAGAAAACAUAAAUCGUGAACUAAAAGAACUGGUAACUACAUAUAAAGAAAAACUUUCUUACGUAGAAAAUGAAAAUUCUUUACACAAAUCAACCAUAGAAAAUUUAAAUAAUACAAUUGAAAAACAAAAAGCGGAAAUAGAGAAUAUUAAUGCUGAUGUCGACUCUUACAACAGUGUGAUCAAAGAAUUACAGAUUAAAUUAGCGGAUAGAGAAAAGGUAAAUCUAAGUGACGUUGAAUUAGAAGCUAUGAUAGCAAACGAGGAAAUGUUUAUCGCAAAUAAUGAAAACAUGAAAAAUAUUCUACAUUCGCUUAAAGCUGCCCUCGAUUCAAGAAAUGAAGAGAUUAAAAAUUUAAAAUUGUCUCUUGAUAGUGAAAAAAUGAUCGAAGUCAGUAAAAUGAAAGAAGAAAUCGAAAACAAAAAGAAAGAAGUAUCUGUUCUUAUGCAAGAAGUUGAACGCCUUAAAACAGAGUCAAAUGAAAAUGUUAUUGUUGUAGAUAAACUACUUAAAGAAAAAUCUAACUUAUUACAUGUGGAAAAGAAACUUCAAACUCAAUUGAAUAAUAUCGAAAAAGAUAAGGAAACGCUUAAUGAAACAAUUGCUCUACUAAAUACUGAAAUAAAGGACUUCGAACACUGUAAGAAAAAAUUUAUUUCAGAUUUAAAAGAGAAAGAAGGAGAAAUUAAGUCUGUUAUAGAUAUAAAUGAAGGUCAAGUCAGAACUUUGUCUCAAAAAAUAACAGAGUUAGAAGAAGAUAUUAAAAUAAAAGACGAAAUGAUUAUAUCUCUACAACAGACAGAAAAUAGAACUCAAGAAUAUAUAGAUAGAGUUCAAUCAAAUAUACACAAAUUUAAUAAAAUAAUGGUAUUAUUUACUGGAAAUUUAUUAGAAGUCCCAGAAAAGAUGAGUGAUUUAGUGUCAGCACUUAACAUGCUAGGUGAUAAACUACCAUCUUUGGAGACCCUUGUGUCAGAUUCUAUUGAACAAAAAAAACAGGUAGUUGCUUUAUUAGAACAACGAGAAACAGAAUUAGGAGUUCUUCAAUCACAUAUUAAUGAUCUUGAUAAAGUUAUUGAUAGUUUUUAUGAGGAAUACAAAAACUUAGCAAAUGUCGACAAGGAUAAAAUAAAUAUUAAAUGUUCUGUUGAAUCAGAAAAUGAUACAUUAAAUACAUAUGCCAAUUUAAAAAAUAAACUAAAUAAUCUCUUCACUGUAAUAAAGUCAACACAAACUUAUCUAAUGCAAACUGUAGAAGAUAAAGAGAAAGAACUAAAAAACAUUGAUGCAAAAUGUAAAACUUUAUGUACAGAAUUGGAAAAAGAAUCCAAUCAAGUUACACAAUGUAUGCAGCAUAUUGACGACUUAACUAACAAACGGGAUAAUUUGUUACAAAAUAUUUUAGAAAAGGCAACAGGAUUAACAUCCGAAUGUAACAUCGAAAACAGCAUGUCAUGUCAAUUUAACAGUAAUCCUGAGAACAUGUAUGAACAAAUUAUUCUUACAUUGGAAAAAAUAGCUAAUCAUGUAUCUAUAUUGAAUACGGAACGUGAGACAAAAUAUGAUAAUACUGAAAGCCUACUAUCUGAGGCUAGACGUGAAAUAAAACUACUGACAGAAGAAAAUAUAAAGUUGAUACAAGAUAUUAGUAAUUUAGGAAGCAGUAAUAGUGCAUUGACAAAUGAAAUCAAAAUAAUCCAAAGUGAUGGUCAAACUUUGGCGAAACUUCUUCAAGAAAGUAAUGAUUUAUUGAAUCAGCUAAAACACAAUUUGUUGAUGAAAGACAAUGAAAUUAAAAAUAUAGAGACUAAAACUAUGGAUUGGAAAGAUAAAUUCAAAAAUCUUGAAGUUUUAAUGAAAGAACAAAUUGUGUUACUUGAAUACGAAAAUUCAGAACUAAAAUCUAAGUGUUCAGCAUUAGAAUUACAAAAUAAACAACGGCAUGAUAAUGCGAAAACUAAAGAACUUUGGAAAAAACAAAGUCUUUAUACAGAGGGGUACUCUCCGCCUAGUCUUUUAAAAAUUUGUUGCGAUAGUAUCAUUGAUGUUAUAUCGUCAAAUGAUGAUGACAAAACAAUUAGUUCUGAAACUUCCAUUACAAACGACCUUAAAAAUAUCACUAGCGCUAUGCAACAUUGCAAAUGUAAAGAUCUUAUGUCAGAUUUGGAUGCUUUGAAAACUAAUAAUAAUAAGUUAAAGACGAGAAUUGAAGAGUUAGAAAAUGAAAACGCUAAUCUUCUGAAGGAUCACGAGGAAACACAAAAAGAGGUACAGUUACUUCUAGAAAAUACACACGAAUUACAAAAAAAAGUACUCAAUCAUCGAACAAAUUUGUCCACAUUAACAGCGACAACAUAUGCUGAAAAUAGAUCACUAACCUCCAAAGUUAAGUUCUUGCAACAUCAUCAUAAUAGAUUUCAUCUUGUAUGCCAAAGAGACAUACCAGACUUUAAAAGGCAAUUGCAAGAACUACUAAUUUUAUUAAAAUCGGAAAAUUUAGGUAAACUAAAUGAGAGUAUAAAACGCUACUCACUUCCAAACGCUCUAGAGUCAGUUUCGUUAUAUUCACAAUUUAAAAAUGAGUCUACUAUCGACGGUGAUCUUUUAAUGCUAGAUACGAACGUCACUUUAAAUAGUUGUGAUAAUACUCUAAUCUCUCAUGAUCAAACAUGUUUCGAUGUAACUCAGAUAAAAGUACAAUCGCUUGACGAGAUGAAAAUAGUAGAAACGCUGGAAUCACUUAAGACAGAAAACGAUAAAUUACGUGAAGUUGUUGACGAAUAUGCAAGAAAUAAAAAAUCGAAAUCUCUUAAAGAUACUCAAAGUAGUCCAAUUAAAAUAAAUUGUAAUGAAAAAUUGCAAAGUAAUAAUAAUGAUAGUUUUGAAUCUUGCGAUAGUUGUAAACGUACAGAAGAAACUUAUAAAAAAGAGAUUGAUGUCAUGACAAAAGGGUUGGCGGAGCUUCAAGCUCAAAAAGUAAAUAUUGAAGGUAAAUAUCAGAAUCUUGCUUUAGAAGUUGCUUCGACGAAAAAAGAUAAUUGCGAAAAACAAAAUGAAAUACAUAAACUCAAUAAUUGCUUAAUGAAAAAGUGCGAAGAACUUAAAACUUUACAAGAAGAAUACGACCUUUUAUCGAAUCAAGUGUUUGAAAGUAUAUCUGAAGUAGACCACCUGAAAAAGGAGCAUGACUCGUUAAAAGAAAUAAAUAAUACUUUAACGGAUAAAUUUUCCCAGUUAGAAAAAGAGGUUGAUCGCUUAAAGUCUGGAGAUGCAAGUGAUAAGCAAAAAGAGUGUACAGAAUGUAAUGUCAAGGAUGCGAUCAUAAAAACUUUAAAUAGCAAAGUUCCAAAUACUCAUCAAAAAUUAGACCGUAGCUUUAGUGAUUCUGAUAGUUCAUCGAGAUACAAUAAAAUCUGUACUUUACAAAAUGAGCUACAUGCUGGUAAAAAGGAUUGCAUUGAAUUAAAAGAACAAGUAACUACUAUUAAAAACCACUUAGAACGCAGUAAUCUGUCUAUGACACAUGCAAUGGACUUAGAUGUGAGUAUGGGAGACUCCCAUUUGUGCUCAUUCAAUCAAGAUUUUGACAACGUAAAAGCCCAUUAUGAAAAGUUUAGUAUGCCUGAUAUUCCAGAAGAACGUUCUUUGGAUAGCCAUACAAUAGAUAAAAUAGCUUGCUUUAAUUACUAUAUCGAAAAGACUGCCGCAGAUAAAGAAAGCCUCACGUGUGAUAUAAAAAUAUUAGAUGUCAUGAAAAUGUUAAAUGAAUACCUAGAGAAUAAACAUUCAAACGAGAUAGACAAUUUAAAUAAUAAAUUAAGAGAUUUGGAGGAGUCGAAAUCGGAAAUUCAAAUGCAAUUAAACAAGGUGAACUUAGAUCAAGACGAAAUAGCUAAAGAAUUAAAAGAAAAAGACAGAUAUCUUAAAUUAUUCGGUGAUGUUAUAUCUCACUUACGUAAUAAUCUGGCCUAUAUUGAAAGUCUAGAUUCAAAUAACAUUUUAAAUAAUUUUAGUGAUAAAUUUUUAAAGAAAAUAGACAAGGAAUUAGGCUUGACUAGUGCACAAAUUUUCGAAUUAGCAAUACAAAAUGUAAAAGAAACGCAUGUAAUUGAAUUAGAAAAUAAAAUUUUAGAAAAUGUAGAAAUAAAUAAAGCUCUACAAGAAAAGACAAAAGAAACUGAAUCUCUAAUUGAAAAGUUAUCUGCUCUAAAAUUAGAACUUUUUGAAAAAGAAAAUGAAAUUGAAUUGUUGCAAAGACAAAAAGAAAAAGUUCAUGAAAUAAGUAAAGCUGUAACUCUGGAUAUUGUUCAAAAAGAAAAGAAAUUAAAGGAUCAAGUAAUCGAAAACUACAAUAAACUUGUAGGUUGUAAAGCUAUACAGGAGAAUAUAGAUGUGACACUGCCUACGAUGGAAAUAAUAAAAAUAAUUUUUGAGAAUAUUUUAAAUGCUAGUAAUAAAAAUAAUACCGAGAUGUUAGAAAAAGAAAAACAAUUACUCGUCUUAGAAGUUGAUGAACUUAAAAAGCUUUUAGAUGUCAAAGAAAGAGAAUUACAGAGUUUGCGAAAUGAAAUUGAAGCAAGCAAGAAAACGAUCUUAGACAUAUCAGAAAAAGAGCACAAACUGCACGCACAAAUAACUGUACACGAAAAUUUAGAAAAAACGUACAAAAAUAAAAUAGAAGAAAGCGAUUCUAACUUAUUAAGAAUGAUAAAGAAUUUGAGUGAAUUUGUAUCUCUAUUAAAAACAGAUAUUUCAAAUAAAGAAGUGAUAAUCACAUCCUUAGAAAGCAAAUUGAGUGAAGUUAACAGUAACAUAGAAGAUAAAGACAAAAUAAAAGAGCUCCUUCAUUCAUCCGAAAGUCUACAAAAAGAAAUAGAUCGGCUGAAAUCUAUCAAUGACGUCAUUCUAAACGAAAAAGAAACGUAUACUAAAGAAUUGGAAAAAGCGAAUGCUCUAAUCAAACAACAUAAAAUCGAUUUCGAGAAACUAACAUCUGACAUCUUAACGCUUAAAGAGACAGUAAAAGAGAGUUCGGAAGUCACUAAAAAUUUGAGAUUAGAAUCGAAAAGAUUGUUGGAAGAGAAUUUGUUACUACAAAGCCAAUUACAGGAAAAAUGUAAAGAAUACUCUCGUAUGGAGGAUAAUAUAAAGAAACAUGAAAAAACCGCGGAAAUACAAAGUGGGAUUAUUACAAGGCUUAAAAAACAGAAACAAGCAGAUGAAAAGAUAAGCCUAGAAAAGGACAAUGAAAUCGACGAAUUGAAAAAAAUGUGUAAAACACUAGAAACACGACAUGAAGAAUUAGCUAACGAGCUACAUUCAGCUAAAGAAACAAAUGACGAGUUAACUAAGUGCAGAGAGCUUCUACAGUCCAGAAUUUUGGAAUUGGAAUCCGUUGGCCCUGUAAAGACACGCCUUUCCAUUGAUAUAGCUGACAGUUCGAGACAGAGGCGACAGAGUAUACACGACUCGAAGCGAAUGUUCUCGGACGAUGUGGAUGAGCACGUGAUAAUGGAAGCUGUAUUCAAAUCUCGAACAAAAGCAGAGGAAUUUUUCAUGGACGUCGAUGAAAGUAGCUCCAACAGAAGCACUCCGCUUAGGAUAGACAAAGGGUAG